AUGCCUGAUGCAUCGUCAACUCCCUCGUCGCUAUCUGCUGCGUCUCAUGAGGACUUGGUGAACUUCCUCUUAGUCCGCCAUAAAGAGAUUCGCCAACACGGCACUAUGACGAUUUGUGUUCCCAGUGACGGUGACAUCAGCGUUUUUCCAACCUUCCGAUGUUUUGAGGCCAGUCUUCGCAUCCUCUACGACAAGUAUCAGGUCGACCCAACCAUCGCAAGACGGCUUCCUAUGUACUAUAGGACCUCGGGCGAGAUACUGGCAUCUAUCGCUGCCGUCGACACGAAAUGGGGUCUGAUGAGCCAUCACACCUUACCAUUAAUACAUACAUCAUGGUCGCCUGAGGUUGUCGAGGCAGGCUCUGAGGAAGUGACUAGGUUCUCUCUACUAGAAUAA